AUGCUUCCCUACAUCACCCUCCUUCUCCUUUCGCUCCUCCCCUCGACCCUCCAAACCACACCACCUUCCCCCCAACAAACCGCCAGCAUCUUCACCCACACCCCCAACAACCCGCCCUCCUUCUCCCCGCUGGCGACUCUCACCUAUAAUCCCUUCGACCCCUCAACCGCGCGCACCCUCUCCCUCACACCUCCAAAAAACACAACCGACCUCACCUCCAUCGCCGUCUUCUCGCCGCCGCACACCUCGAAACCUUCCGCGAAGGGUACAUUCAGGAGCAGCGUCACAGCAACCCGGGGAUUUCAUGCGCCAUACAAAGGUCGUUUCACGGUGGUAGUUUCAGUGGAUGGGGAUGAAGUUUUGGGUGUGAGUUGGCGCUCUUGGCCGUCUAAAGAAGGUGGGAAGGGUAAAGGGAGUGACAAGGGAAAGGGAAAGGGGAAGGGAGGCAAAGGCGAGGUUGAGGGGAGAGGAGAUUUCGAUAUCGUGGUGCAAGCGAGGGCGCCGGUGCCGGUGUUAGAUUCGAAGGGUGGGAAAGGGCAGGUGAAGGCCACGGGGGCAGAGGGCGAGGAGGGCGAGGAGAAGGACGAGAGGAGUUUUAUUCAGAAGUGA